UAGGACACAGCACACAAAAUACAGUAAAUACAAAUAAUAAUUAUUAUUCAUCAUAUUAUACAUAUACUGUGAAUAUCCUAAAUAUCAUUCAUUAGUUAUAAGUACUUUGACAAAUAGCGUUUACAUACUUUACAUUUUUACAUAACCUGUACUGUCAUCGUCCAAACUACAAUGUCGCUUGACUCGAUUCCUAAGGAUAUGAGAUCCGCUAGAGCAUGUCUUGUAUGCUCUUUAAUUAAGUCUUUUGAUCAAUUUGAAUUUGAUGGCUGUGACAAUUGUGAUGAAUUUUUGAGAAUGAAAAAUAACCGUGAUCACGUGUAUGAUUGUACAAGUUCAAAUUUUGAUGGAAUGGUUGCACUAAUGAGCCCUGAAGACAGUUGGGUUGCUAGAUGGCAAAAAAUCAAUAGAUUUACAAAAGGCAUUUAUGCUAUUUCUGUUGCUGGUCGAUUACCUCCGAAUUUUGUAAGGGAAAUGAAGGCCAGAGGUAUACCGUACCGCCCAAGAGAUACAACAUUUAAAUAAGUACUUUUCCUUUAUCUCAUUACUCAUGUUUAUUAUAAAAAUAAAAUUUUGUAACUCAUUGUA